AUGGAUAUGUCGAAGUACUCUACCGAGAAUCCGAUCGUUCUUGAAAUACAAAAGCACGCGCUGAAAGUGCUAGACACUAUAUUGACUUACGAAUUCUCAUUGGCCCAGGCUGGCACUACCCUGACUCUCUGUAUCAACAACAAAAAGGUGACCGUGCCGAAUCAAUGCUACGCUGCGUUACGGCUACUGCUUCAUCACAUUGGUAUAUAUCAGCGUACCUGCCGGGCGCUCCUUGAGCUGGAGAAUUCACCUGAAUCUGUCACCACUACCUACGAGUCAAUCACGUAUUACUACUGUGAGGUACUGCUGGCGUUCUGCAAAGAGGUCCAGGAUGAUGCCCCUGGCUCGGACAAAACAUGGCGUUCGGCUCAUCUCGACUACCAUUUUACGAUGGCAUCUCACGGCGACGCAUUCGACAAGACAAUGCAGAAUGCCACCCUGAGACGGAUGAAACGCUCAUGGGCUGAUUUUAAGAAAAAGCAGAAGGUCUCUAUGAUAAUCAAGACGCUCAGUCUUGUGGAAUACCAUAAAUUAUUUUGCAAGGACCAGGACAUGUGUGGUGAUACGACUGCGGUUCACAAGGUUUCAGUAGACAAUAUGAUUGACAAUAUAGUGGGACAGUACAAGCCCAGCAGUCCAGCGGUGGGCACAUCGGUGAAGCGCGAGAAGGUGGUUCGAUUCGAUCGUGAUGUUCAGGAAAAGAAGGGAAAGGGCAGCCGUAGGACCACCAGAAAGGUCAAAACAACGGUGGCCCCGAUAGGGUCUGCAACGUCAUCAGGCACUACCUCUCACCCAGAGGAGGAUGAUAUCGAUGAGGCGGCGAAUAUGUUCCAUAUGAAGGAGGACGGAAAAAAGCCACGUAAUAAUAGGAAGGGCGGAAAUCAGGCAAAGGACGUUCGCGGAAGCGCCGCAACAAAGCCAACUGCUGAUGUACAGGGUCAGGCUCGCACGAAACGUGCUCCAAGGGCUGUCAGCGCCAAAGGAAAAUCAAAAGAAAUUGUCGAGUCUGAAGAUGAAGAUGUUAACGGCAAUACUGCGACACAUUCAACACCUGAAAUCUAUGAUGCAGAUGGGGGAAAUAAGGGCAUGAAGACCAUGCACGAAGCGAGUGCAUCAGCGACCGUGAAGGGACGAUCAACAUUCGACUCAAAGACCACAAAUCAAAUGCAAGAUGCGCUAUCACAGAAGCAACCCCGUAAGGCUGUGUUGGGAGGCGACAAGGCUGAUGGGGUUCAGGAUAAAUAUGAUCACAACAUUGGCGACACCACAGGCACCAUUGAGGAUGCAGGGGAAUAUAAUGAUGUUGAGCUCCCGUCCACCCUUCAAGAUUGGGAGAAAUGGAACAGGAUUGCGUUUGAGAAAGGUAACUCGCGCAUUUUCUUGAAGCUUGGGACAUGGAUCCUGCUUCGAUUGCGACAGCUGGCAAAUCGUCCCAUUGACGGGGAUGUCGAUGGAAUACUUAUUCCUGAUAGUCCUGGGCGUCUUGAGAUCGACAACGACGCCGAUUUCCAUGAGGCACUAGGGAUGGACCGUCUGUAUUCCGCGCUUGUGCACAUCGACACGCAUCCCCAAUCCUUAGCACAUAUCUUUCAUGCGCUGGGAAAGGCGUCAUCUGAACAGCGACUCGAAAGUAGUCACCCUAACUUUAGGCCUCUACCAGAACUACCGACUCCUAUUCAUAGGUAUGAGAUUGGCUGGAAAUAUAGCCUGACUAACCCUGAAAUUAGCAUGAUAUCGCACGACGAGUUGAAUUGGUUGCAGGCCGCAUCACAUGAUGAUGAUGAUGAUGAUGAUGAUGAUGAUGAUGAUGAUGAUGAUGAUGAUGAUGAUGAACAUGCCGAUGACGUGGAUGCCGAAGGAGAUGUCGAUGAUGAUGAUGGAGAUGUAGCAGGGGCCCUCAAUGAUAUGGAGAUCUCAGAGUCGACUGACCGUCUAGAGGGAACGGAACAGCAAAAACGGAAGAGGGCCAUGUCGAACACGUUCUCUCCCCCAAAGAGUCAAGGCGGACGGGGGCAUCCAAAGCGUUCCAAGAGUGGGACAGCAGAGCUCUUUAAUCGUCCCUCAUCACCCGUUAUGUCGUCCAUUGGCGAAGCUGCACCAGCGGACCGGAUGGCAUCCGCAUCUCACGUCACCCAUGACCAUGACAUGGAAGGUGGCUCAUCCUCAACGAGUCAGCCCCCUCUAACACAGGUCAUUCCGCGCCAGGGUAACAUCAGCGAGAGUGAGGAGGUCACUGCCAUGAACACCGACGAUCUUCAUGACAUCUCUGCCUCUGAGAGGGUAUCCAAUGGUGAUUCUGAUAAUCGGGGAGUAGAUCCGCCCAGGAUGCCUACUCACUCAUUGAGUGACAUGGCUAUUGGGGAGUCUUACAUGAGGUCCAAAUCACCGACAGAUGGUCAAUCAAAGGAGGACGAAGAUGUGAGGAUCCUUGUUGCUUCAACACCAGAAUGA